AUGAAUGAAUCAAGUGAAAUUCGGAAGCCCAAUAGUGAAGAUUUAAAAUCAUUGGCUGCACAAAUUGGAAUUACAUUUCAAAGUGAUGAGGAAAUCACUGUUUGGUCGAAGUUGUUAGUUAAUAAUUUGGCUGCAUUUGAUGUGCUUGCAAAACUACCUGAUACGUAUCAAACCAAACUUCCUUGUUCCACUGAUCCAAAUUAUAACAAUCGGAAAUAUACGAUUCCGUCGGUGGAGGAGAAUAAAAAUAAUGCCUGGUUCGUUCGCACUCAUAUCACCUUGUAUCCUGAGCUAGCCAAUGUAGAUUCGGACACUCCAGAAUUACCCUUAUUAAACAAACGAAUUGCAUUGAAAGAUAAUAUUUGCUUGAAAGAUGUUCCCAUGCUUAAUGGGACCGGUUUUAUGGAAGGAUAUAUUUGCGAUGAAGAUGCCACUAUUGUUACAAGAUUAUUGAAAGCUGGUGCCAUCAUUGUCGGGAAAGCCAACUGCGAGUACAUGUGCUUCUCAGGCGGCUCCCAUACCAAUAAAUCUGGUUAUGUACAAAAUCCACAUGCUCCAGGUUACAUGAGUGGAGGUUCUAGCUCUGGCUCUGCUGUUCUAUUAGGAGAUCCAGCAGCUCAAGUCGAUAUGGCCAUCGCUUGUGAUCAAGGUGGAAGUAUUCGAAUUCCAGCCAGUUGGUGCGGUUGCUAUGGGAUGAAGCCCACACACGGAUUAGUGCCCUAUACAGGAAUUAUGUCAUUAGAAAGUACUGUGGAUCAUGUGGGGCCUUGUACAAAAAAUGUGAUUGAUAACUGUAAAUUAUUGCAAGUUAUUCAAGGAUACGAUGGAUUCGAUCCUCGAUCCAGACCCUAUCCAAAGGAUUAUACAUUAGAAAAGACAAAUUAUCUGGAAGCCAUCAAACUUGGUAUUAAAGGACUCAAGAUCGGUUUGGUUCGCGAAGGUUUUGAACUACCUAAUGCAGAAACGGAUGUCAAUGAGCUAGUUCGGACUACUGCCAAAAGGUUAAUUGAAUAUGGUGCAGCUGUAGUGGAAGAAAUUAGUAUUCCGGAACAUAAAUUAGGUCCCGUUUUAUUGA